AUGUGUGGUGGUGGAAGAGACAAUCUAUUGGAUUUUUGCAUAGCCGCUGAUAGCACAGAUGAUUAUGUUCGUAUGGGAGCGCCGACCUUCUAUGUGUAUGUGAAGAGGUUUACUAGGGUAAUUGUUCGGCACUUUGGUCCAAGGUAUAUGCGACUUCCUACAAGAGAAGACACAGAAAGAUUAUUGGCGGAAAAUGCGGCUAGAGGAUUCCCUGGGAGUGUUGAUUGUAUGCAUUUUCAGUGGAAGAAUUGUCCAACAUCAUGGGAAGGGUUGAACAACGACUUGAAUGUCUUGGCUCAAUCUCCACUUUUUGAUAAGAUGGUUAAUGGUUUAGCAGCUCCUUGUAAUUACAACAUCAAUCGCCACAACUACGAAAUGGGUUACUGCUUGGCGGAUAAUAUAUAUCCCCGAUUGUCUUGCAUCGUGCAGUUAUUCAAAAGUCUCCUUCCAAAUCAGCAUGCUAAUACGUUGUUCAAUAUAUAUCAACAAGCGAAGAGAAAGGAUGUUGAAAGGGAUUUUGUAACUAUCCAAAACAAGUUCCAAAUAACAAAAAAUCCGGCAAUGUACUGGGAUAGGGAGUAUAUAAACUUUAUUAUCAAGGCUUGUAUGAUUUUGCACAACAUAGUCAUUGAGAAUGAAAAACGUAACUUAGAAUGGGGUAAAGUCGUGAACGAACCAAUUCCAUAUGUUAUAGGAAUACCGAGGUCAUACAACGAGUUGAGAAAUGAUGAAGCAUAUCUCCUACUCCGCAAUGAUCUUGUUCAACACAUUUGGACACGACAUGGACUAGGUCUCAGAGAUGGUGAAAUGCUAUCGGAAUCUCCUCCUCCGCCACCAAAUAAUCUUGACGGAUUGGAUGGUGAAUACGAUCCAACUGAUAUUUACCCACCAGAACAGCUUUAG